AUGUUCCUCCCCACUUUGACGCACAUCUUUACAGUGGCCCAGUGGGUCGGGAUUCCCACAUAUGGGAAUAAAAUGUCUUUGGUUUGGGCAAUAAUUGUGCUGUCAAUGCUGACAGCUAUAGAAGCUGCUGCUAUUUGGAUGCUCAUAAAAAUAUUAACUGGAGUUGCUAAACAUAUUGACGAUGGACGCGGUCUAACGGCAAGACUCUCUGGCAGUGUAUUCUAUGGAAAUGGUUUCCUCUCCCUCAUUCUAUCUUGGAAGUUCAUAUCCUCGUGGAGAAGGCUCUCCGUCUACUGGAAGAGAGCCGAGUUGUUGGACGCUACACUGGGUCCACCCGACACUACCAUCCAAAGGAGAGUCAUUGUUGUAGCGUGUUUCAUCUCAAUAUGCUCUAUUGUGGAACAUUUGCUGAGCAUGUUUAUGGCCAUAGGCUUUGACACUCCGCCAAUGGAUUACUUACAUAAGUACAUUUUAAAUUCUCAUGCAUUUCUGAUAAGACCUGAUACUUACAGCUUAUGGACUGCAAUCCCGAUAUUUUUCAUAAGCAAAAUAGCAACAAUAUUAUGGAAUUUUCAAGAUCUAAUAAUAGUUUUGAUAAGCAUGGGACUUACUUCACGCUACCACAGAUUAAAUUUAUACGUCAAUUCGCUAGUAAAAAAGGAAAACGUGGACAAAGAGAAAAGGAUCAGCACAGCAAAAUAUGUGCGCAACCAAAAAUGGCGUCGUGUUCGCGAGGCGUACGUGCGCCAAGCUACACUAGUACGCAUGGUGGACGCACAAAUUGGCGCACUAGUCCUUCUGUCAAAUAUUAACAACUUCUUCUUUAUCUGCCUCCAACUUUUCUUGGGUCUAAAUAAAACUGGAGGAUCACUGAUGAGCUACUUCUACUACUUUUUAUCUCUGGGCUGGCUCCUCUUCAGGGCAUGCAGUGUGGUGCUGGCUGCUGCUGACGUCCACAUUUAUUCUAGAAGAGCUCUAGAAUACAUUAGGCUAUGUCCAGUCUCUGGAUACAAUGUCGAGAUAAAGAGACUCAACAAUCAACUAAGUCAUGACUUUGUGGCAUUAAGUGGGAUGGGAUUCUUUUGGUUGAGUAGACAGACGUUACUGGAGGUGGCUGGCAACAUAAUAAAAUAUGAACUGGUGCUCAUUCAGUAUGACAAAUGAUUUCAACGAACG